AGAGCAAAUCUGUAUUAAAACACUACCUAUUCAUAGAUGUAUUUAUUCAUCAUCUACAUAUUCAUAUUAAGCUUCUACGUCUGUGUACAGGAACGUAUUAUUUGUAAGACGUAAGAGAAAAUAUAUCAGCUUAUUGAUAAAUUAUUAUGACGUUCUUUCCAAUACAAAAGUGUAGUAACUAUUGUUUCCAAACUGCGUUACCCACUCCAGCCAGCAGAUGGCGAUUUGCAUCUUUCAGGUGAUGCUUCUUGCGUGACGUAUAAUUUACUGGACGGGACGCUUCUUCAGGAACAACAACACGGCUACUUUUUCAACCGCCUCGGUAGCUUGCUAGCCAACAUAACACUGAAAGAUUGACGCGUUACACCGUGUUUGUGUACAUUAGCUAAUCUCAGUGUUUUAAACACAUUUCUGUUGAUUUAUCAACUGAUGACCUUUAGCCUAAUUUGCUUGUUCAAUUUGCAAACUUGUUUAAGAUUGAAACUGAGCCUAGCACUAGGCUAGUCGCUAAUGCGAACUAGCUAGCUAACAUCCCUGAUCAUGAGUUCACUAAACUACUUAUCCCCUGCUAAAGAAGAGGGGGUCUGCUGUAUGGAGAAAGAAGCUCUGGGACUGAACAAUGUCGUGGAAGAUGAGGGUGUUACAGUGAAAGAAGAGGAGGCUGUUACAGUGAAAGAAGAGGAGGCUGUUAUAGUGAAAGAAGAGGAGGCUGUUAUAGUGAAAGAAGAGGAGGCUGUUAUAGUGAAAGAAGAGGAGGCUGUUACAGUGAAAGAAGAGGAGGCUGUUACAGUGAAAGAAGAGGAGGCUGUUACAGUGAAAGAAGAGGAGGCUGUUACAGUGAAAGAAGAAGAGGCUGUUAUGGUGAAAGAAGAGGAGGCUGUUAUAGUGAAAGAAGAGGAGGCUGUUACAGUGAAAGAAGAGGAAGAAACUUUUAGAGAGGAAGAGGAUGCUAUCUCAAUAAAGGUGAAGCAGGAAGACGUUUUGGGAGUGAAAGAGGAGGAGACAGAAUAUCAGAUUACUACCAGAGAGAGACAUGACUAUCUUGGAUCCUCUGGGGAGCCUCAACAACAUCCUGAUGCUGACGAGGCAGAGAAGAGUCUCUCCAGAUCAGAACACCAGAUGGACAACGCUAGCCCUUCCUCCCUCCUGGAGUCCCCGUUACGUGCCUCUCCCGGUAGCACCUUACUGCUGGGUAUAAAGAGGUUGUCUGUGCAGCUGGUGGACUGCAGGAAAACAACGGGGCUGAGUGGAACUGUGAGACAAGGAGGAGAGAAGAAAGGAUCAGAUUUGACACAUCAAAGAGAAAGACCAGACUCAGAGGAACCAGAGCCAGGGACGUCCAAACCAACAAGAAGACACCAGUGUUCCCACUGUGGAAAGUGUUUUAACCAGUUAAGGGACCUGAAACAACAUGAGAGAAUACACACAGGUGAGAAGCCUUACCACUGCUCCCAGUGUGGAAAGAGUUUUAACCAUUUAAGUAACCUGAAAGUUCAUGAGAUAAUACACACAGGGGAGAAGCCUUAUCACUGCUCCCAGUGUGGCAAGUGUUUUAACCAGUUAGGGAACCUGAAACAACAUGAGAGAAUACAUACAGUUGAAAAGCCUUACCAGUGUUCCCACUGUGGAAAGUGUUUUAACCGGUCAGGGUAUCUGAAAAAGCACGAGAGAAUACAUACAGGGGAGAAGCCUUACCACUGCUCCCAGUGUGGCAAGUGUUUUAACCAGUUAUGGGACCUGAAACAACAUGAGAGAAUACACACAGGUGAGAAGCCUUGCCACUGCUCACAGUGUGGAAAGAGUUUUAACCGGUCAGGGAAUCUGAAAAAGCACGAGAGAAUACAUACAGGGGAGAAGCCUUACCACUGCUCCCAGUGUGGCAAGUGUUUUAAACAGUUAAGGAACCUGAAAGAACACGAGAGAAUACACACAAGGGAGAAGCCUUACCACUGCUCCCAGUGUGGGAAGUGUUUUAAACAGUUAAGGAACCUGAAAGAACACGAGAGAAUACACACAAGGGAGAAGCCUUACCACUGCUCCCAGUGUGGGAAGUUUUUCAGCCAGUCAGGGGAGCUGAAACGGCAUGAGAGAAUACACACAGGGGAGAAGCCUUACCACUGCUCGCAGUGUGGAAAGGGUUUUAAUCAGAAAAGCAACCUCAACCAACAUGAGAGAAUACACACAGGAGAGAAGCCUUACGACUGCUCCCAGUGUGGAAAGAGUUUUAACGAUUUAGGGAGCCUGAAAAAACAUGAGAGAAUGCACACAGGGGAGAAGCCUUACCACUGCUCCCAAUGUGGAAAGGGUUUUAAUCAGAAAAGCAACCUCAACCAACAUGAGAGAAUACACACAGGAGAGAAGCCUUACGACUGCUCCCAGUGUGGAAAGUGCUUUAACGAUUUAGGGAACCUGAAAAAACAUGAGAGAAUGCACACAGGGGAGAAGCCUUACCGCUGCUCCCAAUGUGGAAAGUGUUUCAACCAUCCGGGGGAGCUGAAACGGCAUGAGAGAAUACACACAGGGGAGAAGCCUUACCACUGCUCCCAAUGUGGAAAGUGUUUCAACCAGCUGGGGGAGCUGAAAUGGCAUGAGAGAAUACACACAGGGGACUUGCUGUCUUGUAUUGUUGACUGAUAAUGAUUACCUGUUUUUACCAUAUGAACUUGAAUUGUACAAAGUAUACUAAAACAUAUAUUUGUAUGUUUUUAUUAGAGAACAUGAAUUGAAUAUGGAGUUUGAAUAUAGAGUAGGUCAGAUUCCAUGUGUUUAAAUAUUCCUUUUUUAAACUCUGUGUUUGUGUUUAUCUGGGUGUCUUUCCUCCAGCACUACAGAUAUAAAGUGAUAUUUGGAUGUGAUGCAUUUGUUCCGUUUUUUACAUUUGCAAUGUUGGCCCACUGAUGAUUUAAUGAAAUGAAAAUGUUCACAGACUCUGCAAUGCAAAAUGUUAAUUGUAUGUGUCCACAUAUCUGAGUAUGUGACUUGUGGUGGAUGAAUCAGAAUUAGUUGGGUAACAUAGAUAAUUGAGAUGUCUUAUCUGCAUCAUGUGCUUAUGUGAUAUACUUGUUAUUAGAAUGUAUCCCUUCGGACUCUGGUGUUGGCAGUUGCACUUCUUCCCUCAGCUGGGGCUCAGUCACCUGGGGCCCAGAGAGGGGAGAGGUCAGGCUUGUCUUUUACAUAUCCCUGGUGCUAUGCAGAAUAUCAGGAAGGGAAGAGGACAGGAGGGAACAUUGACUUCAUAUGUGAAUGUAUCUGUUAAACUAUGUGAAGGGAUGGUGUGAUUAAUGGGGAACCAAUUACUGGUUUCCACAAUGUCUGUGCGCAAGUCACUCCCUCCUUUGGCAUUGGGGGGAGGUGUAUGGCAGUGUCUGGAACCAUUGUAUGGCCUCUCCGAUGUUGCACUUAUCCUGGGAUAGUGUAUGACCUAGAGGCUCACUCCCCUCAGUGAGCUUGUCCAGGAGUGGGGUCAAGAAGGGGUUUUACUUGAGAUGGGAGUAUCUAGAGUUGACAAUUGAGUUAUGCCAUUGGAUGAGUUGGUGUUUUUGUGCUAUGAAGUACCAGGAACGAGAUUAGAACCUCGUCUUAGGGACCAAACUGAACGAUAAAUUAUAGCGAAUGCCAUCUGGCUACGGGAUACUUCUUUCUCAUUAUAAAGUCUCACUUUGUAAACUGUUCCUAAUAUCUGUGGUUUGUUAUGUCGACUAGGGCGGUGGAUCUUUGCUAUAAAAGAUCUCAGUAGCCAUUGUGUUGCCACUCUCAACGGUUCAUUAGAAAUAGUGAAUUGUUGAAAGUCAUUCCAAAGAUCUUAUUAUUAAAGAUGUAGUUUAAGUAUAACUCUGAUUGGUGUGUGAAGUUUGUCUCUCCUCAUUUGGUAAUACAGAAAUUAACCACCACAGACUAACCUUGUGAAACUGACCUAUUAUAAUCUCCUGUUCCUGGGAGUAUCAUCCUGUGUUGCAAACCAGCUGCACCUGCGUCCUUGUAUGAAUAAAGUCCCUCCCAGGAACAGGAAACUAUAAAGAUAUGUGCUCAUCACCCAAUGCUUCAGGAAUUCAGACUGUCUCCACUGCGCUGUGUAACUGUUAUUCUCUCUGAGCUCAGAAAUAAAGAAUCUUGGUUUGA